UGCCGUGCAUAGGGUCAUUUUAUGCAGUGGUGCAGGUGGACCCGUGUCAUCCAAGCAAGCAGAAGACUAAUACUUCAGCGUCAUGGCAUACUUCAUCUGUCUCUUUGUCUGCUGUUUCGCGGGGUUAAUGAUAGGGGCACAGGGAACAUAUGGGCGGUACGGAUAUAACCAGAACAGACUGCCUGCGGACGUAUCUGCAGCAGGCAGACAGAGACCUCCCGUUACUUACAUCAGGCCAGGUCAAGGAAACAUCAUCAACUUGGGAGCUCAAGCAGAAGUGUGCAAGAGCCGCCCGCUGGACCUGGUGUUUAUCAUUGACAGUUCUCGCAGUGUCCGCCCGGCUGAGUUCGAGAGGGUCAAGGUCUUCCUCUCGGACACGGUAGACUCCCUUGAUAUCAGCCCGAACGGCACCCACGUCGGCCUGAUCAACUACGCCAGCACUGUCAACAUCGAGUUCCACCUGAACAGGCACCGCACCAAGGCUGAGAUCAAACAGGCCUUUUCCCGCGUAGACCCGCUCUCGGCCGGCACCAUGACCGGCCUUGCCAUCAAAACCGCUAUGGAGCAGGCCUUCACAGAGGAGGCCGGUGCCAGACCAGAAAACAAGAACAUCGCCAAGGUGGCCAUUAUCGUAACUGAUGGGAGGCCCCAGGAUAAGGUGGAGGACGUGUCGGCUGCAGCGAGGGCUGCUGGGAUUGAGAUCUAUGCCGUUGGGGUGGACAGAGCUGAUAUGAAGUCGCUCAGGUUGAUGGCCAGCCAACCGCUGGACGAGCACGUCUUCUAUGUGGAGACAUAUGGUGUGAUCGAGAAGCUAACCUCCAGGUUCCGGGAGACCCUGUGUGGUGUGGAUGCAUGCGCCCUCGGACAUGACUGCGAUCACAUAUGCCUGAACACCAAUGCCUCUUAUUACUGCAGAUGCAGGGUGGGAUACGUCCUUAACCCGGACAAGAAAACAUGCUCACAAGCCAAUGAAGAGGUGCGCAGCGAUUUGACGGAGGACCCAUGCAUGUGUGAGGCUCAGAUCGCCUUCCAAAAGAAGAUCCAAUACAGCAUACAUGAGAUAAACAGCAAACUGGAAGAUAUAACAAGAAAGGUCCAUCAGUUCCAUCUCCGCUGAGUCGGGCAGAUGGCAAUCUUCCUUCUGUUAGUCCUGUGCCAGCAGGGUCUCACCUUGCCACCAAACAGCAAUCUUUAUCAUAGUUACGUGUUAGACAGUCCUGCAUAUGUGUUUAAUAGGAACUGUGUCUGUUGUAUCAACAAAGUGGUCCAAAAAGCUUAAUAAUAUUUUGUUGAGGACCACAAGAAGUUUUAAGCUAACUUUUAUGCUGUAACCUAUAUCAGUAACACAUUAGAUCAGUCUCCUUUAAUGUAAAUUGAUUUUUUAAUUUUUUAUUUUUAGAAAUAAAAGAGAAAUAGAAUAUAAUAUCUAAUAAUAUACUAUAUUAAGAUUUCCUUUAAAGGGAAAAUGUGUCUAUCAAAACAUAGUAUUCUUUGAUGUGUCUAAAUAUAAUAUUUUUAUUUUGGAUAUUUUGUACAGAUAUCUAUCAGAUAAUAAAAACGCCUCUGAAACGCA